AUGGUUAACCACGAUACCGUCGACCUGCCCGUCAUCGACUUUGCAGCCCUCAGCGAAAAGGAUGCAGCGGGCCACCGCACUGCCGUCUCCAUCGAUGAGCGCCGUCGACUCUUCACGGCCCUUCGCGACACCGGCUUCGCAUACCUGAAGCACCCUGGGGUGAACCAGGUCACAGUGGACGAACUCUUCGCGCAUUCCCGGCGCUUCUUCGCCAAGCCGCUGGAGGAGAAGAUGCAAAUUCUCGGCAAGCUCGACAAGGGCCGCGGCCCAAGCCAGGGGUACUCCAACCCGCAGAAACUGGCCCACAAUCCCCAGACUUCGGACCUGAAGGAGUUCUUCGGCAUGUAUCGCGAUGACGACACCGAGAAGCCCAAUCAGUGGCUGUCCGACGCCGACUCGAAGGCCAUGCGGACGGAUCUGGUCCGGUUCUUCGACUCGUGCCACGGGGUCAUCCUCGAGCUUCUGAGCGCUCUCGCGGAGGAAGUCGGUCUGGCCGCCGAGACGCUGCACCCGUUCAUCAGCGAGAAGAAUCAUUUCAUUGCCUGUUUGCAUUAUCCGGCCACCGAGCCGGAGUCGUUCCGGACGAGGGUCCGCGCGGCGGCCCACACGGACUAUGGAUGUAUGACGCUGUUGUUUAAUGACUCGGGCGAGGGUCUACAGGUGCUGCGCAACAAUGGCCAGUACGAGUAUGUUCCUCGUAAGGACGGGUGUGCGGUGCUGAACGUCGGCGAUCUUCUCUCCCGAUUCUUCAACGGGGUUCUACCAUCCACCAUGCACCGGGUCGUGGAGCCACCGGCCACGAGGAGCGGCUCGUCCGCGGACCAGGUCCCGGAUCGCUACUCGAUUGCCUUCUUCGGGCACUUCAACCUGGAUCUGCUGGUGAAGCCACUGGAUGCGCUGGUGUCGGCGACGAACCCGGCCCGCUUCGAGCCCGUGGUGGCGGGCGAGCAUGUCAAGGCGCGCGUGAAGCAGUUGCAUGUCGCCGGCCAUAGCCUGACGGACAACGUGAAGAACGCCGAGAGCCGAGCUGCCGUGACGCAGCCGGCUGUUGCGAGUGCGUCGGCUUGA